AUGUGGAUUUGGCUCUUUCUCCAUUUCACAGGGAGUUGGGCCACUCUCUAUGGAGAGAACUGCACAUGUGGGGGCCAAGUGAUCGACCAGCACUGUUAUGAGAUCCAUAUGUUGACAACCCCCGGCUGGGUUGCAGCUGAUGAUGCUUGUACCGCCGUCGGUGGACAUAUGGCUAUAUUUUUAAACGAAUCCCAAACACAGUCCGUCCUAAGCUACCUCCAAGGACGCAUAUCCGAACCAAUUCUGAUUGGUAUUGUCGUUGCCAAUGUUGAAACCGCACUCCUUGCCGGUGUCUGCCCUGGAAAUCAAUAUUACGGCCUGAUCCCAGAUGUAAUUGGCGAAAACUUUUUGGAGGGGAAUUAUUCAAAUGGGGAUCGCUGCUCGUAUGUAGAGCCCAGUGAUUACAAGAUUGGAUUCGGGGAUUGCAAUGCUUCGACAAUUGUGUUGUGUGAUAGACCGAUGGUUAGCAAAGACUACUGUAGCUCUCUGGUUUCUUGCGAUGAGCCCACUGAUACCAGUUUUUGGACAACGACCGAAUCUUCGAAUGCAACUAGCACCGAUUGGACGAUUGAUCAGGAUAAUAGUACUGAAACAACAAGCAAUGCAACCACUGUUACCACUCCUACGACGGCUAAUUCCACCACAUCUACGACCACUAACACGACUACCGCCAGCGCGGGCACGCAGACGACGGCUAAAACUUCUGGAGCUGGGGCUCAGACGACUCAUUCUCCCGGAAGCUCUACAGAAGCAAGCGAUUCCUGUCGUUCUGGAGGGGUUGAAAUAUUUGGUUGGUGCAUCCCGUGGUGGAUCUUGGCUAUUAUCGGCGCCCUUCUAUUACUGCUUCUCCUUUGUAUGUGCUGCUGGUGCUGCUUUGGCUGCAGAACGAAUAAUAUGCAACAACAAGUGGCUGCUGUAGAAACUAUACCAAGACAAGUCAGCACCGUGACGAAGUCACUACAAACGGACUUCAUACAAGAACCUCACCAUCCGAUCCAUUCUUCUGAGCCGCAAAUUAUUGAAAGAGGAACAGCCCAUAUUCCAGUGGAUACCGAUAAUAAAGCCACAAUGACCGAUUUUGAUCCCGAAGUCAGAACGGUCGUUGAAGAAAGGAUCAAGGAGGUUGAGAAAAUUAUCUACGAACCUGCCGGAGCCCCAGUCUCACUACCACCACAACCGAUGAUCAACUCCGACCCAAUUGACAUCCCAAUCAACAUCGACAUACGGACGCGUCGCUAUGAUGAAAUUCAUCGCACAGAAUAUGUAGACCAGAUCAAGCGACAAAUCAAGGAACCCCCGCCUGUUUAUGAGAGCGAACCUGAACCUCCCCUUCCGCCUCCACCGCCGAUUAUGUUGAAGCCUGAACUUGUGGAUAGUUCUGCCUCUCCUAUCCCAGAUUUAGAAGUGAUGCCUAAUGUCGUUCCCCUUGCAAUUAAACGCCCAAGAUCGCCAUUUAAAUUCCAGCAUAACAACAAAAUUCCAAUGGAUAUGGGAGUAUUCGACUCGGAUAAUGAAGAAGAGCCCCAAGCUGCUGCUCACCGCUUUGUACCAAAUAAAAAACCAAGCCCAAAAAAGAGCUCGAAGCGCCGACGUAAUCGUAUCGAAGACGAACCGAUUCUUGGGAAAGAGGAGGCCCCACCUCAUCGUUUUCAACCCAAGAAACGCAACGACGCACUGACCGUGCCUGCACGAACCCCUAUGGAUGGUCCAAAAGACCCGUCAUCACGCCCACAACCGCGCCCUAAAUUCCAGCCGGACCCGGAAAUACUUAAGAUCGGAACUCCUAUGUCGCGCCCGCGAAGCAAUCCCGAGGAUGGGGCACGUCGCAUAGCACGCGGAGACGGUGACGGCAUCUCGCAGCGUCGUACUCCCGGAAGCAAGGCCUUUCGUGAUGACGAUGAUCUGCCGGGAAUGUCGCGUCCGACGCCGAUUCGGAGGAACCCGGCGAGCAGCGAUAAUUUGAGGAAGAUAUCGCCGGUGGAAAAUGCGUUUGCGAGUAUCCCAAGAUCGCAGAGUAACCCGAGGCUGAGGAAUCCGGAUGGAAAGCUUGGAGGCGUCGUUGGUCCCGAAGCCAAAGGUUGGAAACCCUGGGCGAAACAACCAAAGGCAUUCUCUGACAAACCCGUGUUCCUAGACUACGAC